AUGGCCGCCGACCCGACAGAGCAGGCCUUGCGGUACGCGUCGGGCGAGUAUUUUGCCCAUAAUUUGGUAAACCCUGUUCAAUUUUACGACCGCAUUAAACAACUGCCGGCCGACGCUAUUGUCUUAGAGAUCGGUCCGCAUUCACUAUUCGACAAAAUAGUGAGCGAAACACUCAAUGAGUCCUCUUAUGUGUCGCUCAUUAAAAAGGAAUCAAAUGAUAAAAAUAUGGAUUUAUUUUUGUCCGGUUUGGCCACUCUGUACGAGUUGGGCGUUAACCUGUCGCCGCAUAAGUUGUACCCGCUGUGUGAGUGGCCGGUGGCCAGAAAUACGCAGUCGAUUAACUCUUUGAUUAAAUGGGAUCACAGUUCAGUCAUUCCGCGCCGCAUAUAUCCGGAGCGCUAUAAUCGCGGAAACGCCGCUGACAUGAAUGUUGUCGUCAAUUGUAGCAUAAAAGAGGAUGAGUUUUAUUUAGACCACUCCGUAGACGGCAACUCUAUAUUCCCGGCAACCGGCUAUUUAAUGCUGGCCUGGCGUAAACUGGCGACCGAUUUGGGCAAACUAUGGCACAGCGUACCCGUUAUAUUUGAGAAUGUUCAUUUAAAAAGAGCCGUAUUUUUGACCCAGGAGAAUAACAUAAUUCUUAAAGUUAAAUAUUUUCCAUUAACAGGUGAGUUUGCAAUAUACGAGAACAAAAACGCAUGCGUGACAGGCAAAAUCCGUGCGCCGGGCAAUGACGUGCUAAUAGCACAGCAAUUGAUUUACGAAAACGAAUCUAAACUAUCUGAGAGCCAAUACUCGAUUAAGAAGCACGAUAUAUACAAAGAGUUGGGAAUUAUGGGCUUAGACUACGGGUCGGCGUUUCAACGGCUCGACAAAGUGGGCACAAAUGACUUCAACGAGUUUUACGGUGAGUGCGAAUGGGACGGACGGUUUGUCAGUUAUAUGGAUGCGUUGCUACAAUCGCGUGCCCUAUCGGUGCCCUUUCGCAAAAUGCUGUUACCGGUGAUGAUCCGCAAGUUAAGGCUCGACCCGCACCUUAUGUUUGACGCUAUAAGACGACACAAGAUUCAAAAAGAGGAGACGACCGGUAGGGUUGAUGACCCCGACGACAGUGUUAAAUUGGCCUUUGAUACUGCCGGUGCGGGCGUCGGCAAAGUCUACGACUUGACCGGCGAACAGAGCACCGUUUCAACGGUUGUGGAGAGAAAAAAAGUCCGAUUCACCGAACGUUUCGCCCAAUACUCGUCGCGAAUACCGUUUUAUUACAAUUUGAAUACAAAACAAUUGGUUUCUCCCGGCGUUGAACUCGAAGAGGUGGUCGUAUUACCCGUACCCCGACGUACGGACAUUACUGGUUUGGUCUUGGAUUCGGCCGAGUUCUGCGCCAACCAUGAUAAUCACGCCAUCGAUGACUGCCUAUCCGUUGCUUUAUCCAAAUAUUUAGAGGUGUGCAAUUCAAUGUCAGCCAAAAUAAAGCAAUUAUGUGCUAAAGAAAUGAAAUGCGAUUUUAAUUAUCAAAGAUUUAAUGAUGAAGUGCUGCAAGAAUUGCGGAGCGAAAACACUGAAAAUCAUGUAAUGUUUCGUACAUUUGAUAAAUUAUUGGCAGAAGUUGUCGACAAAAAUCGUAAUGAAUUGAACGAUAGAGAAGUUGCAAAGAUGUUAGAUGAAAUACAAACAAAUAGUGAAUACGAUUUGAGUAAAGAUUUGGUGAAUCAGAUCCAGAAGAAUGAACGUAUGAUCAGAGUAUUAGUGGACAUUGUUUGCGAAAAUUAUGUAACAAAUAGUGAUAUAAAUAUCACUGAAAUUAAUAUGACUAACAGUUUUAUGGCCAAAGAUGUGGAACAGAUUGUUACAUAUUUUCGUAUAAAUCCUUUUGAAGUUGAUUAUAAACUGAUUGUUAAAAGUAAACAAUCGGUGAAUGAAAUGUAUAAACAAAGAGCUACUGAAUGGCAGCUUAAAGAUAACAUACCAUUAAAACUCUCGCAUUUGGUUAUAAUGAGAGACUCACAAGACUUAUGGCAAAUAGAUUUGACUAAAUUUACUCAAGACCUGUUUGACUCCAUAAACAGCAAUGGAUUCCUAUUAUCUAUAUUUCGGUAUAAGUUUACAGAACCGGAGAUUGCGUUCAUGUCUUUGACGAAAAACUCAAUUUCCACUAAUAAUGAAUUGGAUUUAAGAAUCAAAAAAUUUGUAUCGAUUGCCACAAAAACUGGAUUUAAUUUAAUUGCAGGAAAAAGCGAUACAAUCGGUACUCAAUGCCUAAUGUUUAGAAAAAUCAUUCACAAACCUAAAGUACCUGAAAAAUAUAAUGUUAUCAAAAUAACUGGUGAUUAUCAGCAAUGGUUUGGAUUAUUGCAGACAAAACUGAUCGCCGCUAAAGAGGCGGACAAUAAAACCGAUAACGUAUGGCUCGUGUCUCUGGAUUCAUAUAUCAAUGGAAUCAUAGGUUUAAUGAAUUGUUUGCGAUUAGAACCGGGCGGAGAGAACUUCCGGUAUAUCUUCCAUAUGGACACCAAUAGUGAGACAAACAUUGAUUUUAAUACUAAACCUUAUUCUGAUAUAUUGGCCAACGAUUUGGUCGCAAAUGUAUUCAAAGGGGGAAAACUGGGAACUUAUAGACACUUAAAACUUUCCAAUGAUUUUGAUAAAUGUGUUUCAAAUGAUUAUUAUCUAAACUCCGGUACAACAAAAGACUUGGCGGGUAUUCAAUGGUAUGAUUCCCGGAAAUUACCCCAAUAUAAAAAGUAUUGGUAUUUGAAUAAAGAAAAAAUUUUCAAAACACGGGUUGAGAUAUACUGUUCGGGCAUUUCAUUUCACGAUGUUAUGGUCGCUUCGGGUCGUAUACCCGCCGGACGGGACCACCUGUUUUCCGAUUGUGUGAUUGGCUGUGAAUACGUGGGCCGUCGCGUGGAUACCGGGGAACGGGUGAUGGGUAUAGAAUUGGGCCGGACUUUUGUCACAUCAUUGAACGCUAGCAUUCACAGCAUGACUACAGUUCCCGAGCACUGGUCGAUGGCAGACGCGGCCACUGUAUUGCUAAAUUAUAGCACUCUGUAUUACGCGCUCAUCAAAAGGGCUAAUCUUAAAACAGGUGAAAGUAUAUUAAUACACUCAGCGGCGGGAGGUGUAGGUCAGGCGGCCAUCAAUAUGUGUAAGCAUUACGACUGCGAUAUCUAUGUGACGGUUGGGACGGAAGAGAAGAAACAAUUUUUGAUGAAUGAAUACAAUAUACCAGAGAAUCGGAUCUUCAACUCAAGAGAUAUUGUAUUCAAGAAUCAAGUGUUGAAACUGACUGAAGGAAAGGGAGUGAAUAUUGUGUUGAAUUCAUUGUCGGGCGAGAAGUUGGACGCGUCCUACGAGUGUGUGGCCAAUAGUGGCCGCUUUGUUGAGAUCGGUCAAUACGACAUGCUUCAAAACAAGCAAUUGGGCAUGCUUGAUUUCGUACGCAAUAUUCAAUUCAUCGGUAUUGUUAUCGAUAUCGUUAUUAAGGAUGAAAUUGAUUUUUUCCCCGAUUUCUACGAUUGGGUUCACAAGAACUGUACGAAUGGUUGCGUUAAACCAAUUAACUAUACAUUGUUUGAGGCCAAGUAUGCGGACAAAGCGUUCCGUUAUAUGACAACCGGUAAACAUAUGGGAAAAGUUGUCAUUAAAAUGAGAGACGAAGAGAUGGAUAGGCGGCCAUUGAAAACGAUAAAACCGGCCGUAAUUAUGAAUACAAUGAUUAAAACAUUCUUCGAUCCAAACAAAGUCUAUAUAAUAACCGGAGGUUUCAACACUUGA